UUCACUCUUUCUUUUUUUUGUAGUUACAAUUGCAGCGGUAGACUAUAAUAUAUUUUCAUAUAAGCAAUAACAUAAGAAAAGAAAAACAAUUAUAGGGAAAAGACAGCGAAGAGUGAGUAAAUUUUCACAAUCAGGAGAUCUUGUUUGGUGCCUAGUGUGAGAUUAUUAGAAAAAAGUGGUCCUUACCAAAAAUAAUGCUAUUACCGGAGAAGGUUAUAGACAGAGCAGGCGAUGCCAUGCCUUUGUCGUCGUAUCAUAACAACUUGAUAACCAUCACGCGACAAAAUACAUUGGUUUAUGUUGGUUCGGUCUGAUUCGGUUUUGUAGCGGUAAAUUUAAGAUAAACCGAGUUUUUCGUUUCAGUGUCAAAAUUUCACCGUCUCUCUUUCAGGCAAGUAGUUAAACUCAUAUACUACCGACUGACUGCAUUUUACAAUAACUGACUGAUUGCAUAUAUUUCAGAAAGCUUUUGUGUUUCUUCAUUUCCGUCUGUAGCUCGCUCUCUGUAUUGUUCUUAGUGGUGUCUAGCUCACAAAUUAUGGUUCAGUAUUCCUAUGAUUUGCUGAGAGACUUGUUUCAUUUUUUCAUAUAAUCAAUUCGUCGACUUAACCACUUUGUUUCCGAGAGUAAGGAUUUAGCGUUCUUUGUUGGCUUCAAGUUCCGCGUUAAGGAUUAUCUUUGAUUUAAGAAAAAAAAAAAGAAAUUAUACAAAAACUGAUCAAGGGUGUCGUGCUCUAUGGACUGCCUUGUUGUAAAUGCUGCUUAAGUGAAGAGUUCUGACUGAAGGAUCAUCCAUGCAGUUUAUAUUUGUCAGUAAUGAAUAACGGACAGGAACUACAAUCUUCCACUCAAGCUUCACAUCAAGGUGAACAGCACCAAUCACUAGGUGCUCCUCCUCCUAUACAAGAUGCUGUUUCUGUAUCUGCUUCAAGCAAUGACAGUAGGAAAGUCUCAAGACAAGAUAUUGAACUUGUCCAGAAUUUGAUAGAAAGAUGUCUUCAGUUGUACAUGAACAGAGACGAGGUCGUGAAGACCCUCUUGGCCCGUGCACGAAUUGACCCUGGAUUUACACGCUUAGUUUGGCAGAAACUGGAAGAAGAGAACGCAGACUUCUUCAGGGCUUAUUACAUAAGGUUGAAACUAAAGAAGCAAAUCAUUUUGUUCAAUCAUUUGCUUGAGCACCAGUACCAUCUCAUGAGGUAUCCUCCUCUUGUACCUCCAAAGAUUCCUCUGGCACCUAUACCAAACGGAAUGCAUCCCAUGGCGGCACCUGUAGUAAACAUGCCAAUGGGGUAUCCAGUGCUACAACAUCCUCAAAUGCAUGUUCAUGGCCAUCCCCAUAUUGAUGCAAUGGGAAUGUCAAGCUGCCAUGUUGUUAACGGAGUCCCUGCACCUGCUAAUUUCCAGCCAUUGAAGAUGAACGACAUGGUGAUUGAUACAAACGUGGAAGAUGCAACUACUCAAGUGAUUCCACCAAACAGUGGUGGGAUGUCUGAGAUGGCAGUGAGUCCAGCUUCAGUGGCAUCAAGUGGACACUUUCCGUUUGAUGCUUCAGAAAUGGUAAUGGACGCUUCAGUGCUUGAUUCCGCGUUCACUUCUGAGGUUGGAGGAGGAGGAGGAGGAGAAGGAGCUGGGAAUGCUAGAGAUUCACUCAGGUCAUUUGAUCAGAUUCCUUGGAACUUCAGCCUUUCUGAUCUCACCGCAGAUCUGUCAAAUUUGGGAGAUGUGUAUGUUGCAGAGUUAGGAGGUUUGGGAAACUAUCCAGGCUCUCCAUUUCUUCCAUCUGAUUCAGAGAUUUUGCUGGAUUCUCCUGACCAUGAGGACAUAGAGGAGUUUUUCGUGGACGUCCCUGGACCUCCUUGUUCUAAUACAGAUGAAGAGAAGCCUUGAAUUGAAAGGGGAACGAACGGCUAUAUAUAACUACUAUUGUUAUUAUAAAUCAAAGUAUUUUAUGAAUAAAGAGGGUUAGAAUGAAACCUAAAAAGAGGCUGUACAACAAGUUGUAACAACAAAUGCUUCACACGACGUUCACUGAUUUCAUUUUGUA